AUGAAUAUUUUCAAUGGACCCCAAGAAGAACCAAACCGGAGUAACAAUAAUAUAAACAGUACAGAUGACCACGAAGUUUCUUCAGGGGUCACCACCACCACCAUCCAUCCACCACCACACCACCCACCACCACCACCACCACACCACCUACCGAAAACACCAACCGCAACACCAACACCAACAUUCCAACAUCCAACAACCAAUCUACAACACCAACACCAUCACAACACCAACACCAACACAACCCAACACCAACAAACCACACCAACACACAAAACCAAACACCAACACCAACCCAACACAACACCAAACACCAAACACCCAAACACUACUACCAACACAAAACACCAACACCUCAAGCACCAACACCAAAACAACAACAACACCAACACCAUCACUACCAUUCCAACACCACCAGACCGCACCAACACCACCAACAUCCACACCACCAACACCAACACCAUAUCCCACCACCACCUACACUCCACUACCACCAACACCAACAGCCAACACUACAACUACCAACAUACACCAACACCAACCAGCCAACAACUACCAAUCAGUCAACACCAACGAAACAACAGGACCAACACCAACACCAACCACCAACACCAACACCAACACAACACCACACCAACCACCAACUACAACACCAAACAUCCAAACACCAACACCGAACACGCAACACCAACAUAA